GUGUUAAAUGUGUACCAUUAUAAAAAGUUACACAAUUGUUCUAAUUAUACACCUAUAUUUUCUCUUAAUGCUACCUCUAUAAUCUUCAUCAAGCCGAAAAUCCAUUAAGUGUUUUGACGUUUCAAAAGUAAGCUUUUCUUCAUAAGUCUAGUUUAGAGAGAAUAUAUUAACUAAAAUCGAGCUUCAAUAAAGGAAAACAACUUUCUAUUCUUAUACGUGACCACUACAUUCCCUGUAUUCUUUCAACUUUUUAUUAGAGAGAUGGCUAGUUCAAAGCUUCGGGAUUCGGCUUUAAAAUCGCCAAAACAACUAUACAAGUUUUUGCUGCGGGAAUGUGAAAGGUUACCAAAAAAUGCACAGCUGUUUUACAAACAUUCAGUUAAACAGAGUUUUAAACAGCAUUUAAUCGAACCAGACAAAAACCGUGUUCAGCAAAUUAUGGAAAAGGCAGUACAAGAUGCAGAAUGGCUUCUCAAGAAAUACAGUAAAGCAGAAGGAACAAAGGUACAAACAAAAUAAGCAUACAAAGC